AUGGCGGCGGGCGGCGCGGCGCCGCGGCGGCGGCUGUCGGCGCUCUCCGUGUACCGGCGGGCGGCGGGGGCCGGGCGGCUGGAGCGGCGCCGCCGCGGGCUGCCGCUGCCCGCUCGCCGCGAGCGGCCCGAGGCGCGGCCGAGGCGCGGCGCGGAGCGGCCGGCGCCGCCCCGGCGCGGCGGCCCCGCGGCGGCGCCGAGCCCCGACGGGAAGCGGCGCGGCGGCCCCGCGGCGGCGCCGAGCCCCGACGGGAAGCGGCGCGGCGGCCCCGCGGCGGCGCCGAGCCCCGACGGGAAGCGGCGCGGCGGCCCCGCGGCGGCGCCGAGCCCCGACGGGAAGCGGCGCGGCGGCCCCGUGGCGGAGGGCGGCGGCGUGGCGGGGCUGCUGCGGCGGCUGGGGCGACUGGAGGACAGCCGGGAGCGGGCGGCGGAGCUGUUCCGCUGGCUGCUGGCGCCGGUGUCGCCGCAGGAGUUCGCGGCGCAGCGCUGGGAGCAGGCGCCGCUCCUGGUGCGGCGCGGCGAGCCCGGCUACUACACGGGGCUGUUCUCCACGGGCGAGCUGGACGCCAUCCUGCGGAGCGGCCAGGUGUGCUUCGGCACCCACCUGGACGUGACCAGCUAUGCCGAGGGGGUGCGGGAGACCCACAACCCCGUGGGCCAGGCCCUGCCCGCCGUCGUGUGGGACUUCUACCAGAACGGGUGCUCCCUGCGGCUCCUCUGCCCCCAGGCCUUCUCCGCCACCGUCUGGCAAUUCCUCUCCAUCCUGCAGGAACACUUCGGGAGCAUGGCAGGUGCCAACACCUACCUCACACCGCCAGGCACCCAAGGCUUCGCCCCCCACUACGAUGACAUCGAGGCCUUCGUGCUGCAGCUGGAGGGGAAGAAGCACUGGCGCGUUUACAGCCCCCGGACGGAGGCCGAGGUGCUGCCGCAGUUCUCCAGCGCAAACCUCACGCAGGCCGAGCUUGGCGAGCCCGUGCUGGAGGCGAUUCUGGAGGCCGGGGACCUGCUGUACUUCCCCCGAGGGUUUAUCCACCAGGGUGACUGUCUCCCUGAUGCGCAUUCGCUCCACAUCACGGUGUCAUCCUACCAGAGGAACUCCUGGGGGGACCUCCUGGAGAAGCUCCUCCCAGCUGCUCUGCAGAUGGCCCUGGAGGAGGACGUGGAGUACCGGCAAGGGCUUCCCAUGGACUACCUGGGGUACAUGGGGGUCGCCCACUCAGACAUGGUCGAUGCUCGCCGAACAGCUUUUGUGGAGAAGGUGCAGAAUCUGAUAAAGAAACUCAUCAAGUACACGCCUAUCGAUGCUGCUGUGGAUCAGAGAGCCAAGUCAUUUCUUCACGACUGUCUCCCCCCAGUUCUCACACAAAGUGAAAAGGCACUGAGUGUGUAUGGAUUUCCAGCCCGGUGGCAAGAUGGAGGCACUCGCGAUGUCGAUAUAGUAAUAACGAAAGACACAGAAGUACGCCUCCUCCGUCACGGCAUCAUUAGACUGUGCAAUGAGGAAGCUGGUGUGAUGCUGUAUUACACGACAGAAAACUCACGAGUGUAUCAUAAAGAAGAGCCCAAGUCCCUUGAGAUAGAUCCUGAGUAUACAGACAGUAUCGAAUUUCUCCUGUCUUCUUAUCCAAACCAUGUCACUGUGGAUACGCUUCCAUGUGCAACCUUGGAAGACAAGAUUUCUCUAGCUACACUCCUGUUUGAGAAGGGUAUUCUGACUACUAAGAAGCCUCUGGUGCAAGUGUAACUCUAUUUUUGAACAAAAUAAACAUGCAGUUGUUUAUAAA